GCGGCGGAGGCUGCAGCGGGGCGGCGGCUCUGCAGCGCUAACGCCGUGGAGCUAGGGUCUUGGGGCCGCCGGAAGCAGCCGACAUGGAGACGUUGUACCGGGUGCCCUUCGUGGUCCUUGAGUGUCCCAAUCUGAAGCUGAAGAAGCCGCCAUGGGCUCACAUGCCGUCGGCUAUGACCGUGUACGCCCUGGUGGUGGUGUCUUACUUUCUCAUCACUGGAGGAAUAAUUUAUGAUGUCAUUGUGGAACCUCCUAGUGUUGGAUCUAUGACAGACGAACAUGGACACCAGAGACCAGUGGCUUUCUUGGCAUAUAGAGUAAAUGGACAGUAUAUUAUGGAAGGACUUGCAUCCAGUUUCCUAUUUACAAUGGGAGGUCUAGGUUUCAUAAUCCUAGACCGAUCCAAUGCACCAAAUAUUCCCAAGCUCAACAGAUUUCUUCUUCUAUUCAUCGGCUUUGUCAGUGUCCUCUUGAGUUUCUUCAUGGCAAGAGUAUUCAUGAGAAUGAAGCUGCCGGGCUAUCUCCUGGGUUAGAGUUCCUUUUGUGAAGGCACAACAAUAAAUGGAUUCGCUCCUUUCAAUGAUGUUUUAAAGGCCAUUCCUGCCCUUCAGGACAAACCUUGGAACAGGGAAUUUCUGUCUGGAAAUGACAUAAGGAAAGGUCUGGUGUAAAAAUGCAGUUUAUUGGGAAAAACCUUCUUUGUCCCAUUGAUGUGAUAAAGUUAUAAUAAUAAUAGUAGUAGGAAUAGUAGUAGUAAUAAUAACAUCAUUGUUUUUCCAUGUUGACCUGCCUACCAUUCUUGUCAAGUAGUCACAUUUGUCUUCUUUAUUUUUUCCCUCUGUUUUUGAGAGAAAAUAUUUUCCUUUGUAUGAUGAAAGUAUUAAAUAAACUAUCCUUCAAGCCCAUUUGUAAAGUUCACAUUUUUAGGAAAAGGCACAUCUGGUGAAGAUGUGCACAAGUAAAUUCAGGGAGCUGGAGCCUCCAGGCUGAUGACUCCAUCGAGGGGAUCAGCUUUGCCUUGACCCUAUGUUCUUUUAAGUGUAGCUCUCAAAGUCUGUGGGUUUAUGUGAGAUGGUGUUCCUGAAACAAUGAGAUGUGUAAAAGGAGCCAAAAUAAAUCAUUUUUUUUCUACUGAA